AAGAAAUCAAAAGAUUUUUAUAUAGCUUUGUGAGACAAAAAAAAAAUAAAUAAAUAAAACAACUAUAUACUGUGCCUCUUACCACAGCUCCGCCCUGAAUGAAAAAAUUAUAGAGAAAAAAGAUCAACAAAAAUCCAAUUAACGUCCUUGGAAAGAAAAUGGAUAAUAUUGAAAUGCUGAAAGCACUUUAUGACUUCCAAGCGGUCUAUCCUAAGACCAUCAGUUUUGAUGAAGGCGAAUAUUUUAUAUUGUACCAGACGUCCGCACGCCAACGGAACUGGUGGCAAGUGGUCAGCAUGAAGGGAAAUAUUGGUUUUGUGCCAUCCAAUUACGUAAUGAAGAUUAAG